AUGGCAUCGCAAACACCCUACGAGAAGGCUCUCGCAGCCAUCGACGAAGCGCAUGCGCUCGACCCAAACAAGGCCACCGUCAAUGGCGAGGAAGUUCCCUACGAGCUGCACUACGCGCAAAAGUCCACGUCGUACCUCGAGAAACGCGCCCCAGAUGCACCCGAACACCUUCGCCUCGCAAUCCGCGCGCAGCACUUCCGCCGCUGGGAAGUCCCCCGCUCCUCAUACCCCAUGACGCGCGUUGGCUACCACGCCUGGCGCACAUUCCUCAAGAAACGCCAGGCCGAACUUGUCGAGACCAUCUGCAAAGACGCUGGAUACUCGGAAGAAGUUGCGCAAAGCGUGGGCGCGCUGAUCAGGAAGGAGGAUCUGAAGCAGAAUGAGGAGACGCAGAUACUUGAAGAUGUAGCGUGUCUAGUGUUCUUGGACGAUCAGUUCGAGGCCUUUGAGAAAGAGCAUGAUGAAGAUAAGAUCAUCAAGAUCCUGCAAAAGACAUGGGGCAAGAUGACGGAGAAGGGUCAUGAGCUCGCACUGCAGAUUCCUAUGGGUGAGAGGCCGAAGGAGGUCGUUGCUAAGGCUUUGGCUGGCUAG